AUAUAUAGAUCAUUGGAGCGCAAUGAAGUAGCCUUUGGAGCAGGGAGGGGGGACCCCGUCCGACAACCACCGCCGCCACAGCGCACGGCAGCGGCGGCCGCGCCACCAUCACCGCUCGCACCCGAGUCGCCCGGCCCACGAGGAGGCAACGGCCGCCGCCGCCGCCUCCGGAGGGAGCGGCGAGACGACCGGCCAGGAGCGCGCCCCGGCCGGCCACCUUCCCCCGGGUACUUCCAGAGCAAGUCCGGUGUCUUCCACACCCCCUCCCCGGUUCCCGGGCUGGGGACUCCGGAGAGCCGCUGCAAAAAUCUAAGCGAUCCGCCCUCCCGAGCCCUUCGCCCGGCCCUGCCCUGCGCCUCCCCGGCUGGGAUCCGCGUGCCGGGGUCCCUGCUCCUGCGCCCGGGGCGCGUCUCCGGACCCCCCACCCCCCACCCCGCCAUCGAUCCACCUCCGGCAGCCAGGACAAAGCCAUGAAGCCGGCGCUGCUGGAAGUGAUGAGGAUGAACAGAAUGUGCCGGAUGGUGCUGGCCACUUGCUUGGGAUCCUUUAUCCUGGUCAUCUUCUAUUUCCAAAUUAUGAGGAGGAAUCCAUUCGGUGUGGACGUCUGCUGCAGAAAGGGGUCACGAAGUCCUCUGCAGGAACUCUACAACCCCAUCCAGCUGGAGCUCUCCAACACUGCAGUCCUGCACCAGAUGAGGCGAGACCAGGUGACAGACACCUGCCGAGCCAACAGCGCCAUGAGCCGCAAGCGACGGGUGCUGACCCCCAACGACCUGAAGCACUUGGUGGUGGAUGAAGACCAUGAACUCAUCUACUGCUAUGUGCCCAAGGUGGCAUGUACCAACUGGAAACGUCUCAUGAUGGUCCUCACCGGGCGGGGCAAAUACAGUGACCCCAUGGAGAUCCCCGCCAACGAGGCCCACAUCUCGGCCAACCUGAAGACCCUCAAUCAAUACAGCAUCCCAGAGAUCAACCAUCGCUUGAAAAGCUACAUGAAGUUCUUAUUUGUCCGGGAACCCUUCGAGCGCCUGGUGUCUGCCUACCGCAACAAAUUCACCCAGAAAUACAACACCUCUUUCCAUAAGCGCUAUGGCACCAAGAUCAUCAAACGCCAGCGCAAGAACGCCACCCAGGAGGCCCUACACAAGGGGGCUGAUGUCAAGUUCGAGGAGUUCGUGGCUUAUCUCAUUGAUCCCCACACCCAGCGGGAGGAGCCCUUCAAUGAGCACUGGCAAACCGUCUACUCGCUCUGCCACCCCUGCCACAUCCACUACGACCUCGUGGGCAAGUACGAGACCCUGGAAGAGGAUUCCAAUUAUGUCCUCCAGCUGGCAGGAGUGAGCAGCUACCUGAAGUUCCCCACCUAUGCAAAGUCUACGAGAACUACCGACGAGAUGACCACAGAGUUCUUCCAGAACAUCAGCUCCGAGCACCAGACGCAGCUGUAUGAAGUCUACAAACUCGAUUUUUUAAUGUUCAAUUAUUCAGUGCCAAGCUACCUGAAAUUGGAAUAAAGGGGGCUGGGGUAGAGGGUAGGGUGGGGGAGGGAGAGAAUCCUGCUUUUUAAUUUAAGAUUUUUAUUUGUCAAAUGAAUUAUAUGGAUAUGGGGUUAUUUUGUAAAUUAAUAUUUCCUCGGGGAAGAUGCUGCUAGCAGCAUUGGUGAGAAUUAUUUUUUAAAAAAAAUCCUUCGUCGGGAAGGACAGCUGUCUUUGCAGGGGAACAGGGCGAUUGUCCUUGGUUUUUUUUUUUUUUUUUUUUAGAAGUGAAUACUGCAACACUGUCUCAGAGAUUUCCUUGUGUUCUGGUGAAUUCCAUGAAUUAUGCAUUCCAUAAAUUCUAAUUAAUAUUAUUUAUAGUUAUUUAAACAUGGUCUCUGUAUAGAUUUCUUUUGUGUGUGUGUUUGUAUGUGGCAGCAGACUGCUAUGUCUUUGCAGAGGAAAUCUAUGGUCUGUGCUUCUCUUUGCAACAGUUCAUUUGGAGACAUGCUGGUUCUCCACAUCAACCUCUCACAGAGUUGUAUAGUGACAACCCUUGUGAUGUGCAUAAAUGCCAUCAUUCAGGAAUUCUGUUAGGAAUAAGUAGGUUGUUAUUGCCCUUAGGGCUAGGCCUGUGGUGCAUGCCUAUAAUCCCAGCUGGGUGGGAGGCAGAGAUGGGAGGAUCCCAGUCUGAGGCUGGCCCAGGCAAAAGCCUGAGAUCUCAUCUGAAAAAACAAACUAAAAGCUAAAGGGCUGAGUCAUGGCUCAGACCUCUAAGUUCAAUCCUCAGUACUGCCAAAGAAAGAGGCAUCAUCACAAAGGACUAACUCUAAGCUAAUUUCAAUUGACCCCAAAGUCCCUUCCAUGAAAGAAAUGUGAUUUUUUUUUGUAACCCAAGCAAAGAGCUGAUUUUUCACCAGAACUAGCAGUCUGGUAGUCUAGGCUUUUAUAUAGAAAUGAACUGGCAGUGCCAGUUGUGGUGAAGGCAAAGUGACCAUAGCUUUAUAGUCGGCAUGUAUUUAUUGAGCAUCUGCUCCCUUCUAGGCCCAACUAUAUAGGCCUGCAGACAGAGCAUUGGACAAAGCCAAUAGUCAAGCAGCUUUACAUGGACACAGGGAAGCCAGCUUGACAGUGAGCAAACCCAUGAUAUUCCUGGGUUUGAGGGGCUAUUUGUGAGCAACCCCAGGAGGUCCAUAACCCUUUCAGCUGUGCAUUUUUCUUUGGCCCAAAUCUGAAAACCUCACACUUGGCUCGGUCCUCUCUACAUGGUUAGUAAUCUAAGGUCAUUACCCAACACAAGAAAUGCAAAAAGUGUUUCCGCUCAUGUGCCUGUUGCAAUUUGGUGGUCAUGGUUUCUUUUAAAUCCCCCCAGGGAUUCUCCAGGCACAGUGUGGAACUGUGCUAUGAUUGAUUAGUGAUGUCUGCCUGGAUGAGGAAAGGGGAACGUGGUCAUCUUGCAUCCAGCAGCCACAUUCUCAUACAGAAGCAUUAGCUACUGCUUGCUGCAUUUAAGAGUGAGUGGCAUGCAUACAUUUUGGGAUUUUCAAUGGUCUAGCAUUUCUACCCCUUCUGAAGGUCAAAGAUGAAGAUUCAUACACACACACACACACACACA